UAGUAAACCCUCCCGUACGCAUGGGGGCAGUAUUGUAAAGUGACAGCUCCUUCUGUCCUUCCUUGGCUCAAAAAACAUGGCGGCACCCAUGGCUCUCAGGCGAGAACUGUGUUCUUUGGCAAGGAUACUCACAGGAAUCUCACAUUUGGGACCGAGAGCUUUGGUCGCCCGUUCAGGUCACAAGAAAUAUAAUAUAAUCAGGUCCCAUCUUCCGCAGACUCCCAGCACUUUCUUCCAUACAGCAACAGUGUUUUCAUCAACACCCUCAUUGGUCACUGUCACAGAAGAGCCUGAUGUGCUGUAUCAGAAGGUGUCAGUUUUGGUCAAAGGUCAUGACAGGGCCGUCUUGGACAGCUAUGAGUACUUUGCCACCCUGGCAGCUGAAGAGCUGGGCGUCAAUAUCAGCAAAGUUUACGAACCUGGCAAGGAGAUAGACAGACUUACGCUCCUUAAGUCGGUACACAUCUUCAAUAAACACAGGGUCCAGUAUGAGAUGAGGACACACUACCGGUGCAUUGAGUUGUCUCAUUUAACGGGAUGCACAGCUCAGGUGUUCCUCGAAUACAUCCAGAGGAACCUCCCAGAGGGAGUAGCCAUGGAGGUGACAAAGACCACCAUGGAGAAGGUUCCAGAUCACAUCCUUGAACCCAUGUGGAAGGACCACCCCGUUGACGACAAGCCCAGCCAGUGAAUGCAGCGAUGCGCAGCAGAUGCUUAUUGGAUGUCUUUUCUCAGACAUCAGUAAAUAUGUUGAGCAUCUGGGAAAACAUUCAAAAUGUAAAACUAUUAUACACUUGUCUCAACUGCUCAUCAUGUAUAAUUCAAUAGAGACCAUUAUCAAACAAAGACAGGUCAUCUUCAGCUACAGAACUUGAGAACUUGCAUCCAUUAUGUCACCAUGUAACUGUUUCAUGUUUUCAUUGUUUUUUUCUGUGGCAAAACAACAUGAAAUCAAUCGAUCAAUAAAUAACAUUCUGUAUUUAAGAACUACUUUA